UGCGCAUGCGCAUUCACCAGCUAGCAAGUUGGAACUGCACGAGUAAUGGCGUCGUCCAUGAGCGGGAUGUUCCCGGGUCAACAACCGCCCACUGCACAUCCCGUGGCCGGUGCGGGUGGACCGGGCCAACCCGGAUUCCCCGGUACGGCGAACCGGAGCCAGGGAAGCAACACGCUGGUAGAUGAACUGGAAGCGUCCUUCGAGGCGUGUUUCGCAUCGUUGGUCAGCCAAGACUAUGUCAACGGCACCGACCAGGAGGAGAUCCGAACCGGUGUGGACCAGUGCAUCCAAAAGUUCCUGGACGUGGCCCGGCAAACGGAGUGCUUCUUCCUGCAGAAAAGGCUUCAACUAUCUGUGCAGAAACCAGAGCAGGUGGUCAAAGAGGAUGUGUCGGAGCUCCGCAACGAGCUGCAGAGGAAGGAGAUGCUGGUUCAGAAGCACCUGUCCAAGCUGCACCACUGGCAACAAGUGCUGGAAGACGUGAGCGGACAGCAUCGCAAGCCCGCAGACCUCCCGCCUCCGGGACCGCUGGCCUUCCUGGAGCAGGCGUCUGCUAGUUUGCCUCCCGCCCCUUUGAAGCCAAACUAAGCCAGCAGAAGGAGCGCUUCGCAGUUCAUCUGGAGAAAAGAACUCUGUUGACGUGGAGUUUGGGAUUCGGGACUCUUCUUGCCAGCCAAAUGAGUGAGUGAAUGGGAGCUUUAAAAACCCAAAACUGGACACCUACUUUGCAAUGUGCAACACCCCCACCUGCAGGACGGGAGUGGAACUGUAACCACCUGCGCAUGAUUAUGCCAUCAAAUGAUUCAGAUGGUACUCUACUGUUUGAAGGACUAUUAAAACCAUGCUGAAUAUUUGGAAAAUAUCAUUAUGAUCCUUACACUGCUUUGUACCACAACUGCUGUUUUGUAGUUUAUGUAGUAUUAAUGUAGUAUUUCUUAGUUGGUGGGAGAGGGGUUGGAUGGAGGCCGUUGAUUUGCUGUGGCAACCCCUGAAGGGAAAAG